AUGACGGGCAUGUCGUUCUUGACCUCCACGGUAAGUCUGGAGCAGAUCCUCAUCGACAGCCUGGCACUUGGCUUCAUCCUGAACAUCGACGAGAUGAUCUACCCCAUAUUCGUUCCUGGCCGGGUGCAGCAGGUACAGAGCAAGUUGACGUCGUUCGAGCUGAAAGAAUACACGAGCAACGAUCUCAAUUCGGUCGUUCUCACACGAGCGCUGGACGUGAUGCAUCGGCUGCCUCUCCGUCUGCUCUGGGUUGCGAUCGCCUUCCUGUGUACAGGGUUGACGAUUGUAAACAUCCUUCACCCCAGAGUUCAAAGAAUGGAGAUCGCGGUGCAAAUUUUGUGCGAAGGUAACACCGAUUUCGUGUACGCUGUUGCCCCCGACACUGGUACCGUGCAUGCCACAAAAACUUACUCCGUUUCCGAGGAUCGGGAAGGGGAGCUUAUCGUUCAGAAUACAAUCUUGCAGUUCACAGGGCUCCACGACGUCUUGCAAGGCAGCGAUGUUGGCAAUGACUUGCUUGCAGAUUUCUGGCCACAGAACACGCCCGCGGGUAUUAUAUACAACAGCGACCGCACCGCCCAGACGAUGGGCGAGGCAGAGAUUUCCUCGACUGGCUUUGAGUUCAUCAAGACAGUGUCAACAUCGAACAUCCAGGAUCUUUCCUUCUUGGGCCGUUGUGAAGAUUUCAGCCCGGAGGAAUCACACCAAGCUCCUUUUGUGAUCCAGGCGUUACUGAGGUAUGCGACGGAUGGAGUUGUGGAUAGCUGCGCUGGAGGAGAAUUCGUAGGCAUUUCGCAAUGGUACAAUAUGAGUCACUACAGGGCACUUUGCCCAGUGACUUCUGGUUGUUCCAAAACGUGGCUAUUCUUCUCUCAUCCACAUUGGGGCUGCCCUGAAGAGUGCAAGUCUGAUAAUAGAGUGGACAGAGCGUUCAGAGACGUUUUGAGUGAUGCUAGUUGCACUGACGAUGGCAAUGAGCCGUGGAGGACUCAAGCGAUGGUGGAGUAUGUCUCUGGUUUGUCAGAUUAUGUGACGCAGCGCACAGGGUUUUAUGAAAGGCUCACGAGUGCAAGCACCAGCAAUAUGAUAUCUGCCGUGAUCUCAGCCUACGAGAACGCAACAGACAGAACAUACCCUCAAACCGUAGCGUACGUGCAACAUAGCGUUUCUUCUGGUCUCACAUUUCAGAGGAUGAGUCGCGGUAUUUACGAGCUUGCCCCAGGAUUGCCCAUGUACACGAGUGACGGCGUUGAGCUGGUCGGUUGCGCUUUAUGGACUGAUGCGGUUUUCCAGGACAUUUUGUCUUUGAACUUGUGCAGCACUCUGUACCACCAGUCCAUUGCUUUCAUGUGUCCUGAGCGAUGCCGAUGUCAAUCGAGUUGGCAGCAGUCGUGUCCAUCGCGGUGUUCCACCAGCACAUUUGGCUAG